AUGGACAGAUGUGAAGUUUUUGAAAUGUUGAAGCUAUUAAAAUCAGUGAAAGAAUUUUCAAAGCUCACAGUUUUCCGCAUGUAUGGAACUCACAUUCCUAUUUUACCACCAAAGACAGGUUAUAGAGAUUUUACAAAUCGCAAAGGAUGGCCGUCUAUAAUAUUACAGGUUGUUGUAGAUGAUAGAUGCAUAUUCAGAGAUAUAUCUUGUUCAAUGCCAGGAAGUGUGCAUGAUGCAACAGUACUGAAAAAUUCUUCGCUGUACAAGCUUGCUGUGGCAGGAAGUCUUCCUUCGACCAUAAAACGAAUUCAAAGUUGUGACGUCCCACUGAUGAUACUAGGCGAUCCAGCAUACCCUUUGCAAACAUGGCUUAUGAAAGGUUACUCUGGAAGUUUAAAUCCAUCUGAGGAGUCUUUUAAUGUAUAUCUUCCAUCUGCACGCAAUGUGGUGGAACAUGCAUUUGGACGCCUCAAAAGCAGGUGGAGAUGUUUAUCUAAAAGGUGUGACAUCAGUUACAAGUUUAUGCCAAAGGUUGCCGCAACAUGCUGUGUGUUGCACAAUAUAUGUGAGAAAAGGAAAGAUGUAUUUCUGGGAAGAUGGUCGAAUGGAACUUGCGUUGCACAACCACAGCCUGAACGUAGGUCAGCGGCCAGCAGUUGCAGUGAAGCGGUACAAAACAGGGAGGCAUUGAGAAUCUUUUUAGAGGAAAAUUUUCCUUUGAGACAAAGUUCAUUGUAG